AUGAAAUUAUUUACGGGACUAUUUUUAAUUGCGUUAGCUGUAGUCUUCGUCCAAGGCCGAGGCAUUUCUCUCAGUUCUCUUAAAGACGAUGCAUCUGAGAAUUCUGUAGAAGACAGUAGCGAAGAAUCCUCAGAAGAAACAAGCGGAAGCGACUCGACUACCGGACUUCAACUUGGAUCCUCUGGAUUACUUUCAACAAUAUGGAAAAAACUACAAAGCGAAGCAAAGAGAAAAAAUCAAGGAUGUAAGAGACGUCGUUGCCCUCCAGAAAGGACUGCCACAACACUUGCGUCAACCACUGUUGAAACCCCAACUUCAACUGUUGCGCCAACCUUUGUUGAAACCUCAUCUACCACAACUUCAACUGUUGCGCCAACCUUUGUUGAAUCCUCAUCUACCACAACUUCUACUGCUGCGCCUGUAACCAACACACAGUCAACAACUGCAUCUUCGACUGAUGCACCUUCUACCGAGGCAUCCUCAACCGAAGCAUCUUCAACCAACGCAACCUCAACUGAUCCAUCCUUAACCGAGGCACCAUCAACCGAAGCUUCUUCAACAGACGCGUCUUCAACGGAUGCACAUUCAACCGAGCCAUCCUCAACUGAUGCUUCCCCAACCGAGGCAUCCUCAACCGAGGCUUCCUCCACUGAUGCAUCCUCAACCGACGCAUCCUCCACCGAAGCAUCCUCAACUGAGGCACCUUCAACUGAUGCAUCCCCAACCGAGGCUUCAUCAACUGAAGCAUCCUCAACUGACGCAUCCUCAGCUGACGCAUCCUCCACCGAAGCAUCCUCAACUGAGGCACCUUCAACUGAUGCAUCCCCAACCGAGGCUUCAUCAACUGAAGCAUCCUCAACUGACGCAUCCUCAGCUGACGCAUCCUCCACCGAAGCAUCCUCAACUGAGGCACCUUCAACUGAUGCAUCCUCAGCUGACGCAUCCUCCACCGAAGCAUCCUCAACUGAAGCAUCCUCAACCGAUGCACCUUCAACUGAUGCAUCCCCAACCGACGCAUCUCCAUCUGAAGCAUCCUCAACUGACGCAUCUUUAGCUGACACCUCCUCAACCGACGCAUCUCCAUCUGAAGCAUCCUCAACCGAGGCUUUAUCAACUGAAGCAUCCUCAACUGACGCAUCCUCAGCUGAUGCAUCCUCAACCGACGCAUCUCCAACUGAAGCAUCCUCAAGCGAGGCUUCAUCAACUGAUGCAUCCUCAACUGACGCAUCUGUAGCUGAAGCAUCCUCAACUGACGCAUCCUCCACCGAAGCAUCCUCAACUGAUGCACCUUCAACUGAUGCAUCCUCAACCGAGGCUUCAUCAACUGAUGCAUCCUCAUCUGACGCAUCUGUAACUGAAGCAUCCUCAACUGACGCAUCCUCAGCUGACGCAUCCUCAAGCGAGGCUUCAUCAACUGAUGCAUCCUCAUCUGACGCAUCUGUAACUGAAGCAUCCUCAACUGACGCAUCCUCAGCUGACGCAUCCUCAACCGAAGCAUCCUCAACUGAUGCACCUUCAACUGACGCAUCCUCAGCUGACGCAUCCUCCACCGAAGCAUCCUCAACCGACGCAUCUCCAUCUGAAGCAUCCUCAACCGAGGCUUCAUCAACUGAUGCAUCCUCAUCUGACGCAUCUGUAACUGAAGCAUCCUCAACUGACGCAUCCUCAGCUGACGCAUCCUCAACCGAGGCUUUAUCAACUGAAGCAUCCUCAACUGACGCAUCCUCAGCUGAUGCAUCCUCAACCGACGCAUCUCCAACUGAAGCAUCCUCAAGCGAGGCUUCAUCAACUGAUGCAUCCUCAUCUGACGCAUCUGUAACUGAAGCAUCCUCAACUGACGCAUCCUCAGCUGAUGCAUCCUCACCCGAGGCUUCAUCAACUGAUGCACCCUCAACUGACGCAUCUGUAACUGAGGCAUCCUCAACUGAAGCAUCCUCAACCGAUGCACCUUCAACGGAGGCAUCCUCAACCGAUGCAUCCUCAACUGACGCAUCUGUAACUGAAAUAUCCUCAACCGACGCAUCCUCCACCGAAGCAUCCUCAACUGAAGCAUCCUCCACCGAUGCAUCUUCAACUGAUGCAUCCUCAACCGACGCAUCUCCAUCUGAAGCAUCCUCAACCGAGGCUUCACCAACUGAAGCAUCCUCAACUGACGCAUCCUCAACUGAUGCAUCCUCAAGCGACGCAUCUCCAUCUGAAGCAUCCUCAACCGAGGCUUCAUCAACUGAUGCAUUAUCAUCUGACGCAUCUGUAACUGAAGCAUCCUCCACAGACGCAUCUUCAACUGAUGCAUCAUCAUCUGAUGCAUCUGUAACUGAAGCAUCCUCAACCGACGCAUCUCCAUCUGAAGCAUCCUCAACCGAGGCUUCAUCAACUGAUGCAUCAUCAUCUGACGCAUCUGUAACUGAAGCAUCCUCCACAGACGCAUCUUCAACUGAUGCAUCAUCAUCUGACGCAUCUGUAACUGAAGCAUCCUCAACCGACGCAUCUCCAACUGAAGCAUCCUCAAGCGAGGCUUCAUCAACUGAUGCAUCCUCAACUGACGCAUCUUCAGCUGACGCAUCCUCAACCGAAGCAUCCUCAACUGAUGCACCUUCAACUGAUGCAUCCUCAACCGACGCAUCCUCCACCGAAGCAUCCUCCACAGACUCAUCUUCAACUGAUGCAUCCUCAACCGACGCAUCUCCAACUGAAGCAUCCUCAAGCGAGGCUUCAUCAACUGAUGCAUCCUCAACUGACGCAUCUGUAACUGAAGCAUCCUCAACCGACGCAUCUCCAUCUGAAGCAUCCUCAACCGAGGCUUCAUCAACUGAUGCAUCAUCAUCUGACGCAUCUGUAACUGAAGCAUCCUCCACAGACGCAUCCUCAGCUGAUGCAUCCUCAACCGACGCAUCUCCAACUGAAGCAUCCUCAAGCGAGGCUUCAUCAACUGAUGCAUCCUCAACUGACGCAUCUGUAGCUGAAGCAUCCUCAACUGACGCAUCCUCCACCGAAGCAUCCUCAACUGAUGCACCUUCAACUGAUGCAUCCUCAACCGAGGCUUCAUCAACUGAUGCAUCCUCAUCUGACGCAUCUGUAACUGAAGCAUCCUCAACUGACGCAUCCUCAGCUGACGCAUCCUCAAGCGAGGCUUCAUCAACUGAUGCAUCCUCAUCUGACGCAUCUGUAACUGAAGCAUCCUCAACUGACGCAUCCUCAGCUGACGCAUCCUCAACCGAAGCAUCCUCAACUGAUGCACCUUCAACUGACGCAUCCUCAGCUGACGCAUCCUCCACCGAAGCAUCCUCAACCGACGCAUCUCCAUCUGAAGCAUCCUCAACCGAGGCUUCAUCAACUGAUGCAUCCUCAUCUGACGCAUCUGUAACUGAAGCAUCCUCAACUGACGCAUCCUCAGCUGACGCAUCCUCAACCGAGGCUUUAUCAACUGAAGCAUCCUCAACUGACGCAUCCUCAGCUGAUGCAUCCUCAACCGACGCAUCUCCAACUGAAGCAUCCUCAAGCGAGGCUUCAUCAACUGAUGCAUCCUCAUCUGACGCAUCUGUAACUGAAGCAUCCUCAACUGACGCAUCCUCAGCUGAUGCAUCCUCACCCGAGGCUUCAUCAACUGAUGCACCCUCAACUGACGCAUCUGUAACUGAGGCAUCCUCAACUGAAGCAUCCUCAACCGAUGCACCUUCAACGGAGGCAUCCUCAACCGAUGCAUCCUCAACUGACGCAUCAGUAACUGAAAUAUCCUCAACCGACGCAUCCUCCACCGAAGCAUCCUCAACUGAAGCAUCCUCCACCGAUGCAUCUUCAACUGAUGCAUCCUCAACCGACGCAUCUCCAUCUGAAGCAUCCUCAACCGAGGCUUCACCAACUGAACGACGCAUCUCCAUCUGA